GUCGCAUUUAAACCGUGCUGCGUGAUGGUUCAACCAACCAUCGUAAAUCGUUCGACGAUGGUAAAAAAGUGUGUCGAUCGGUUUCCGUGUUUCGCCGCGUCGUCUGCCAUUUUUACAUGAAUUACGUUUCACGUUCGAGCACCGACCAUUAUUGUCCCGGAAUGCAAAUAUUUCCGCGGAGAAAUCACCCUGUCUUUCGUAAUGCACAUUUGCGGAGAUAAAAGAGGAAGUAAUCAGAGAAUCGUUCGCUUUCGUGGCUUCCGUUGUAUCGAUGGAAGCGAUAAGCUGUUUCCUGAUUCAGAAAAAUGCUUAUGUAUUUGAAAAGUGAACCAUUUAACGAGUCAACAAGUUCCUUAGUUAUUAGAGAUGACUCAAAAUUUGUCGAAACCCGUGAAAUCUUCAACAAACAUCAAUUGAUAAGGAAAAAUCAGUUGAAACAUAUACCUCGUCAACGUGAUGUCAUCAUCUUAGCAAUCUUGCCUGUACAGUUAUUUACAAUCGCAAUUUUUAGCAUCAUCCGUUUGACGUCAACGGCUCCACGCGGAUGUGAUCGUGUUUUCAUCAUCGAUUACAUAAGUUUAUCGAUAGAUCGGGGUCAUUGUCGUUUCUAGCAUUCAGUUAACCCUUUGUUAUUCUUAGAUGUGUGGUGAUCGUGUGAGGGAAAUCAGUAGGAAUGAAAAUAGCCAAUACUGCGUCUAAAUGAGAAACUUUAUUGUGCGCGCGACUUGUCUACAAGACGGUUCGAACAAGAGUGCUUGUAAGCGGAAUACUUUUUAACCGUAAAACGCUUUCCCCAAAAAGGGAAUUCGACGUGUUUUUGGCAGAGAGGGAAAGGGACUUCCUGACCGUUCAUAGAGUGGCUGUCAAGUUGGCAAAAUGCAACUGAAAGAUGAGCUGGGCGAGGUGGUGGCCGAGAUGGAGGCGAUGGAAGGCGGCGGUCUUGCAGCCGACGAGACGAAGCCGUCGAACAAGGCGAAGCAGACGUCGAUCGGCCGCAAGAAGUUCAACAUGGACCCUAAGAAGGGCAUCGAGUACCUGAUCGAGCACAAUCUGCUUGCCCCUACCCCAGAAGACGUCGCUCAGUUCCUUUACAAAGGCGAAGGACUUAACAAGACCGCGAUCGGUGACUACCUCGGCGAACGUCACGACUUCAACGAGAGGGUACUACGCGCGUUCGUCGAGCUACACGAUUUCACCGAUCUGAUCCUGGUGCAGGCACUUCGACAGUUCCUCUGGUCGUUCAGGUUGCCCGGCGAAGCUCAAAAGAUCGACCGAAUGAUGGAGUGCUUCGCCCAGAGGUACUGCCAAUUGAAUCCAAACAUAUUCACCAACACCGACACCUGUUACGUAUUGAGCUUCGCCAUCAUCAUGUUGAAUACCUCCCUGCACAAUCCCAGCGUCAAGGACAAGCCCAGCGUGGAACAGUUCAUUUCUAUGAACCGUGGCAUCAAUAAUGGCGGCGAUUUGCCUCGCGAACUCCUCGUGAGUUUAUACGAAAGUAUAAAGACGGAACCGUUCAAGAUACCGGAAGACGACGGCAACGAUCUGAUGCACACGUUUUUCAAUCCCGACAAAGAGGGCUGGCUAUGGAAGCAAGCAGGUGGACGUUACAAGAGUUGGAAAAGACGAUGGUUCAUAUUGAACGACAACUGUUUGUAUUACUUCGAGUACACGACCGACAAGGAGCCACGGGGCAUCAUUCCGUUGGAAAACAUUCAGGUCAGAGAGGUGCAAGACAGGCACAAGCCUCACUGCUUCGAGCUGUACGCUGCCGGCUCGGAAUUUAUCAAAGCUUGUAAAACGGACAGCGAGGGAAAAGUUGUCGAAGGGAAACACACCGUGUACAGAAUGUCUGCAGCCACGGAUGAGGAGAAGGAGGAGUGGAUCAAAUGCGUGAGGCAAAGCAUAUCGCACAACCCUUUCUACGACAUGCUGGCAGCCAGAAAGAAGAAGGCUCAAAAGACCAAUGUACACUCCAAGAGUUAAACUCUGACGGUAACACAGCUUCGAGAAGAAGCUUUGGCGAGACACAAGACUGUCUAUUCGCGAGCCUGCCUGCCCAUCAGGAUCGUGGAAUACAAUCAAACGAACCUAAACCAAGGUCCAUCGAAGUGCACGCGGAGAAUCGCGGCUAAAACAGGUGUCGGCGUUACCUGUUGGAUGGAUUUUCAUCAACUUAUAGCAUCGUUAAAGACGUCGAACAAGCUGAGGACAAGAGGAAAAGGAUAUUGUUGACUGAGAAUCGAUUCGACGUUAUGUUUCGUAUAAAAACACGCUGCUGCGCUCUAGGGGCCUAGAUUGUAUGUUAUUUAAACGAAUUCAAAUAUAGAUUCAAAGCGUUUUCCUGGGGUGAAUCAACAGGAAGGAUAUUAUUUAUGUUGUUGUUGUUGUUACACGUUUGAAGCUAGAACAUGUUACACGUCCAGUGUACAGGACUCGUGUUGGCGUGAAAGAUGACAUUUUUCUUUUUUCUUCUAGAAUUAUGGGAAACAUUGUCCUGUAGCUUUGGUGAAACGCUAGAAGAGAGUCUCUAGAAAAGAAACAACGCGUGUAACUUACCGUGUGAAUAAAUGUAACGAAACGGGGGGGCGAGAUAUCAAAUUGGAAAGAGUGAAAUCUUUUCAAUUUCAAGUGGCAGCUUUAAAAAGAAAAAUUAACGGGACUUGAAAUCGCUUUGAUACGAUGGUACGGAAGAUAAGGUAAAAUAUUUAUUUUAUACGAAUCUCUCGUGUAUUAUGUUACGUGUUCGGGGUUCUUUGUGAAAGAAGAACAAAGAAGACGACGAAAAGGUGAUAUGGAACAAAGACUAAAGCGAUUGCAAUUAAUAUUAAACGUAUGAGAGAGAAAGAAUCGGUAAGACGCGUGUAUUAAUGUGAUAGUCCUGUAUUUAUUUGAACAAAGAAAUGAAACGUGUAUAGAUAAGACUAGGUAAAACGUUUCCUUUUUUAAUAUGCCAGAAAAUCAUCUUAUUCUGUACAUUGUCGUACAGUUUUGUAAGUAUGGCAUGGUUAGCCAAUUACGUGACAGUAGGUUAGAACAAUUAUCGUUUUUCUUUUGAUUGAGUAUAUAUAUAUAUAUGUAAAGAUAUAAAUACAAAUAUAUAUAUAUAUAUAUACAUAUACGGAGCAUGUAGCUUCGUGUAUUAUACAUACUGCAAUAUAAUAAUUAUGAUAGUACAUGAAAAUCAUAGUAACUUGAUAAAAUCGAAUUAAAAGCCUGCAUCCUUACAGUAUUUACAAUUUACGGGAUACAAACUAAAGCUAAAGCAUAAUUGAUAUCCAUCGAUUUUUGUUAAGUAAGUGAUUUACCUGAUCAUGUUUAUUCCAGGUAAACGUUGUAUAAAACAACACAUAUUGUCUUCGCAUUAUUUUUCCUGCUUUCAUAUUCAGUGUGAGAGCAACAAGUGUAGAGAAUUGCUUUUGUCAGAAAAGUAUAUAGACGACAAACGAUGUACAAUUUUUGAGACAGUUUUUUCAAUUCCAUUUGAUAACAGUCUUUUCCAAGUUUUUAUAUUUCAAAGUACAUUGAUCACUCCUAGUCAGACAAUUUCUAUUCGUAGAAACCGUUUUUACCGUGAAUAAUGUAUCCUGAGAUUAAUUGACAACGUGUAGGACGUUUCAACUGUUUUCAUUUGUAUCAUUACACAUGUAGCAUUUUGAGCAAACUUUGUACCGGCGACUGUUUCUUUAUAUUUAUAUACUUCAAGAAAACGUA